CGCGAGGAGGACGGCGGGGCGGUGUUUCGCUAGGGAGAUGAGCGGCUGGGGGGUUCUUUUUUCAAGCAUUGAGAGGAGAACGGUAGACGGAAGGCCUGCGAUGGCCGGCAGGCUUGGCCCAAACCGAGGGAGGCGAUUUAGCCAUUGCCGCAACCACGAUGCCGAAGCGAAAGAAGCAGAAUCAGCAACAGCCCCCGCAUCAGCAGCCCCCGAUGCCAGAGCGGGAGGAGCCUGGAGACGAGGAAGAUGGGAGUCUCAUCGGACCACCCAGUCUUCUGGGCCCACCCCCCAUGGCCAAUGGAAAGCCUGGUGAUCCCAAGUCAGCUCUUCAUAGAGGUCCCCCAGAAUCGAGAGGACCAAUAAUUCCACCACUGCUGAGUCUCCCACCUCCCCCCCGGGGCAGGGGCCCAAUUCGAGGGGCCCUAGGUCCCAGGUCUACCCCAUAUGGUCGUGGUUGGUGGGGAGUCAAUGCUGAACCUCCUUUUCCUGGACCAGGCCAUGGGGGUCCCUCCCGGGGUGGCUUUCACAAGGAGCAGAGAAACCCUCGAAGGCUCAAAAGUUGGUCUCUUAUCAAGAAUACCUGCCCGCCCAAGGAUGGACCUCAAGUUAUGGAAGACAAAUCUGGCCGUCCUGUCUGCCGACACUUUGCCACAAAGGGCCAUUGUCGUUACGAGGACCUAUGUGCCUUCUACCACCCCGGCGUCAAUGGACCUCCUCUUUGAGACUGCGCCUUCCAGGCAGGCCGGAAGGAGCCCUCGGUGACCUGGCGGGCAUAUAUUUCCCUGUGACCCUGUGAUGGCUAGUGUGAGGCUGUUUCACCUGCCACCCUCAGUCAGUGACACCCACCCCAGUCCACCAUUUGGGGUCCAUUUGUUUUAUCACUGGUACACUGCUCGUCUGAUCCAGCCUGGAGAGACUCGCCAUUGGGACCCCACCUUUGCUCCCUUCGACCACCUCCUGGAUCCCAUCGCCGAGUGACUGCUGAACAGGAAACCUCUUUGGUGCUGUUUCAUGUACAUCUGUCCACCCGGUUCCCAGGAUCGUCCUCGAUUCCUGAGAGCCCUGGAGCAGUUUCUUACCAUUCCUCCUCCUAGCUGCUUGUCCGAAGGCCUUCUUAUGUGACACUCCUCCUCCCCCCUGUCGUCAGCUGCUCUGUGAACUCACCAGGUUGUCUCGCCUAGGGCAAGUCUGGCUGACUGGGACAGAGUCACUCCCUGGAAGGUCAAUUUUCCCCACUUUCGGAUUUUGUAGUUUUGGCGUCAGUAGCAUGAUUCCCUACCACUGUGGUCUGUGAUCACUGUGCUUUGUGAAACUGUACAUCCCCUCGUAACCCUUCUUGGUGUCUGUGGCAUUUUUGUGAGUUCCCUAAACUAGAGUAGUUGAUCCGCCAAAAACGAGUGAGACUUUUGGUGCCCUCUGGACUUUCCCUCCUGCCCAACGUGGAGAAUCUUCGUGAAACUUUCCAAUGGACUGCCUCCCCGUCCCUCCCUUCUCCGGUGUCGGUGUAUUGGGUUUGACACUGGCCCUCGAAAUGUUCUCUGAAGUCUCCGAGGGACUGCCCCUCGCUCCCCUGCAGCCCACUUCAGUUCAACUGUGUCAUGACGAGGCCACAAGCCCUCCUGUUUGAAUUCUGUGAAUCUCCACCAGGCCUGACUGGUGGAACUUGGACUGGACUGUCACCCUCUCCAACCUUCUACCCCUGCAUCCUUGUCAUUGAUUGUUUUCUGUGAAAACAACAGUGAACAGGUUCAGUUUUGAACUGACCCAGAGGAAAUGGGUCAGGCAUUGUAUGGGCAAGAGGGAGGGAUGAGAGUUGUUGGAGAACUAAGGGUGAAUUUUUUUUUCUUUUUAAUGUUUUUUUAUAUUAGUAAUAAAUGCUGUGGAAACAAGCAUUUUCUUUAA